AUGGUGAUAAUUAAAGUAGAUGAUUUUGAAAAUUAUUAUGAAAUUUCGGAUGAUCUAGGUAGUGGUCAAUUUGCUGUUGUUAAACGUGUUAAAGAACUAAGUUCAGGUAUUGAUUAUGCUGCAAAAUUUGUUCGAAAAAAACGUUGUAUUGCCGGUAAACGUGGUCUUAAACGAGAAGAAAUAUUACGUGAAGCUGACAUAUUAUCUCAAUUAAAUCAUCGAAAUAUUAUUACAUUACAUGAUGUCUUUGAAAAUAAACAUGAAAUUAUAUUAGUUCUCGAACUAGUUGGUGCCGGUGAAUUAUUUCAUUAUAUAGCUGAAAAAGAUGCAUUAACAGAAGAAGAAGCCGUUUUGUUUAUAUUACAAAUAUUAGAAGGUGUUCAUCAUAUGCAUGAAAAACAUAUUGUUCAUCUUGAUUUGAAACCUGAAAAUGUCAUGUUAUUAGAAAAGAAUAAAACACAUCUAAAAAUAAUUGAUUUUGGAAUUUCAAGACAAUUGAAGCCUAAUGAACCAACCAAAGAAACAUUUGGAACACCAGAAUUUGUUGCACCAGAAGUAAUCGCAUUUGAACCACUCACAUUAGCUACAGAUAUGUGGAGUAUUGGAGUAAUAACCUAUAUCUUAUUGAGUGGAGCAUCACCAUUUCUAGGUAAUACCAAUCAAGAAACAUUUACCAAUAUUAGUCAAGUUGAUUAUCGUUUUGAUGAAGAAUUUUUUUCACAUACCAGUGAUUUGGCCAAAGAUUUUAUUCAACGUCUAUUUAUUAAAAAUCCUAGAGAACGAGCCACAGUUGAAGACUGUCUAAAUCAUCCGUGGAUCAAACCUCGUCGUAAACAAGAUGAAGAAGAACGUCGUCAUGCUCAAAUAAAUAUGCCGAGUUUUAAAUCAUUUAUUGCUCGUCGUCGAUGGAAGGUACAAAUGCAUUGUGAAUCUCGUAUUUUGCGUACAGUAACAACUAAGUAUACAGAUAGAGAUGGAAAUGUUAAGUCUAAAAAAUGUAGUGAAAGAAAAGGAAAAACAGCUAUCUAUGAAGGACAAUAUUCUGAAACAGAUUCAGAAGAUGAAGGAACUAUUGAACAAACAGUUUUAAAUAAACAGAGUACUAAUGAGCAACAACAAGCUAAUGGAAAUGAUCGAAUACGAUGUUGUCCACAAAAUAUUGAAUUAAGACAAGUAAAAUCAAGUGAAUUUGCCGAAUCAUUUCAAGAAGAUGAAGAAGGAGAAGAUGAUUAUCAUAGUAAAGCUGAACAAAAAUCUAAACCAUCUCCAACAACACUAAUCAAACCAUUACCUAAUGAACAAGUAGUGAGUGAUCAACAUUCACGUGCACAAACAAAUGAUUGUAAAAUAAUUGAAUCAAUCGAUGAACAAACGGGUGAAAAUGUUCGUCAUACAAUACAAAAUAAAGUUCAAAGAGAUGAAAAUUUAAAAAUGUCAAAAUCAGACGAUGUACAGUAUGAAGAAACAGAUGAAGGCCUACUGAAAAAGAGGUGUGUCAAGGCGAUCAGCCUUUGUAACAAAAUAUUUCGUCAAUCACAAAUGAGAUUAUCAUCCGCCCUUAGUUUAGAUGCAUUAGAUUCAACAUUUUCUCCUAAUCGAACGUGUGCAGAAAACGAUGAUGAUUUUGUUCUAACAGCUCUAUUGUGUGCAGCAGAAGAUGGCGAUUUUGUAAAUAUUAAAAAAUUAUGUAAUAUAGCAACAAUAGACAUUAAUAAAGAAAAUAAGCAUGGUGAAACAGCUUUGCAUUUUGCAUGUGGAAGUGGCCAUUUUGAUAUAGUCAAAUUUCUAUGUGACAGAAAAGCAAAUCUCUUCGUUGUUGAUGGAUAUGGAAAUAAUGGUGUUUAUUGGGCAGCUCGUCAAGGCUAUGUACAAAUCAUAACUUUUCUUUAUGAAAAAGGCGUGCCAAUUGAUUUACCAAACAGAACUAAUGAAACAAGUCUUCAUAUUUCAUCAAGAUACGGACAUGCGCAUGUCGUUGAGUAUUUAUGUAAAUUAGGUGCCAAUGUUGACGCACAAGAAGAUGAACAUGAAACACCGCUAAUGUGUGCGACAUGGCACGGUUAUCCGCGAAUUGUUCGAAUACUGUGUAAUGCUGGUUGUGAUAUUAAUCUACGAAAUAAAGAAGGCGAAACCGGUUUGAUUUUGGCUGCUGCAAGAGGCAAUGAAGAUAUUGUUCGUAUUCUCAUUGAUAAUAAAGCUAAUCUCAAUAUUAGAGAUAAACGCAGUUUGGCAGCAAUACAUUGGGCAUGUAAAAGACAACACAUCGCAAUUGCAAUUAUGUUAAUUAAUGCCGAUUGUAAUAUGAAUAUUCUUGAUAUGUUUAAUGAAACACCAUUACAUUAUGCAAGUCGAGAAGGUUUAUUAACUGUUGUACAAACAUUAUGUGCUUUUGGAUGUCAUAUUGGUAUUAGAAAUAAAAGUGAUUCAACAGCUUUGCAUUUGGCCGCUCGUCUUGGACAUACAGAAAUUGUUAGAUGUUUAUGUUUAGCUGGAUUAAACUUAACUAUUCAGGAUAAAGAUGGACGAACAGCUGCACAAAUAGCCGAAAUUAAUGGAAAAUCAGAUAUUGUCAAUUUACUAAAAUCAUUGAGUAUGCAAGAUAAUCGUCAAAUGUUUAUCGAACAAUUAGUGCCAACAAAGGAACCAUUGAGACGAAUUAAAUUAAAAGUAUUUGGAAACAGUGAUGCUGCAGUAUUAUCAAAUAGAAAUUCUAUGCCAGCUGACGAACUAUCUCGUACACCCGAUCUAACAAUAAAACUACCAAAUGAAAAUUCAUCGAAAGGCAUUAGUGUUUAUCAAGUGCCAUUUACCGGUGGAGGUCAAUGGUCUGUAUGGGAUUUUUCUGGUAUGGCAGUAUAUCGUACAAUCUAUGAUCACUUUAUUGGUGAUCACAAUUGUUUACACAUGAUCGUAUUCGACAUUACUGAUGAUGAAAAUAAAUGUGUACAAAAUUUAACAUAUUGGUUGGAAUUUUUAAGAGUACGAAUUCUUAUAAGAGAACCAAUUGGAUUAAAUGGUCAAAGUUCAGAAAUGGUUAAAAUAAUUCUCGUUGGUACUCAUGCCGAUCAAAUAUUAAAUUGUCCAAAAGAUGAAAAUGGUGAUUAUGUUUGUGAAAAAGCCACGAUUGUAUUUAAUCGUAUAAAAGAUAAUUAUCAAUAUGAUUUUGAUUUUCAUGAUAAACUAUAUUUACUGGAUGCUCGAUCAGCUUGGACAUCAAAUAUAAAAAAUGUAAUACAAUGUUUCAAUUCUUAUAAAGAUAAAAUAUGUGAAAAAUUAAAACCAUCGACUAUGUUUUUAAAUCGUUGUACAUAUCAUUUACAACAAUGGCGUAAAACUUAUGCUUCAUUUCCUGUUAUGUCAUGGUCAAGAUUCGUUGAAAAUAUUCGAACAGAAUUAAAUCCAUUAGCAAGCGAUGAACAUAUGAAAGAACUUGUUCAACAAUUACAACUUAUGGGAGAAAUUCUAUAUCUUGAAGGCGAUCCUCAUCAAGAUUUGGUUUGUUUUGAUCCUCAUUGGUUAUGUCAUACAAUUCUUGGUAAAUUAUUAACAUCAAAUUACGAUAUUAAAAAAAAUAUUCUAAAUAAUAUUAAUAAAGUAAAAUCAAAACAACAACGUUUUUUAAGUGGUACAUAUUCUAUCAAUGAUAUUCAAACACUAUUUCCAGAUACAGAUGCUCUUGAUUUACUACAAAUAUUUUGUGCAUUUGAUUUAUGUGUUCAAUAUGAUGUUUACGGUGAUAUUGAAUAUGAAUUUCCACAAUUAAAUUCGGUUGAUAUUAUACCAGGUCUCUGGGAAAAACGAUCGGGUGUUAACUACGUUUAUAUUGGUUGUGAAAUAAGAUGUCGAACAAAUAAUGAAUUAUUAUGGCCAAUAUUUUCUCGAAUACAAGUACAAUUAAGACGUUUAACUAUGUCACAUGAAUUUCAACAACAAUAUAAAAAUGAAGAUAUUGAAUUAUAUCAAUCGAGAUGUGGCUCAAAAUUAAUAUGUGGUAUGAUUGAAUUAUUAUUUACUGCAAAUCAUCCUACUCAUUUAGAAUUAAAAUCUCGUGGACAACCUAAUGAACGUGAAAAUAUAUUCUAUUUAUUUCAUGAAAUUUUAACAUUAAUUGAACAGACGUAUUUACAUACGUGUCCAUCUCUUCAAUUAGAAUAUCAUUACAUCUCGACAAAACAUUUACAGUUAAAUUUAACACCACUUUUAAAUUUAUUCUAUCAAAAUAGUGAAGUUAUAUCCAAACGACCACUUCAGAUGAGUACAUCAUCAAUAUUUAUAACUGAUCAAAAUUUACCAUCUCCCACAAUGUCAACAUAUUCUUUACCAUUCGCGUCUAAUAAUAAUGAUACAAUUUUCAAUACUAUUAAUCAAUUUACAUCGCCAUUCUAUUACACAUUUUCACCAAAAUCAAUUAUUCAAAUACAAAUGAACAAGUCGCAUGAAGAUAAUUCGAUACAGCCAGUAACCGAUGCAAAUAAUAAUAGAAAGAGUAUCUUGAAUGAUCAUCAUCAAAUUGAAAGUCCAGACGAUGAUUCAUCAUCAUUAUUAAUUAAAGAUACUACUGGAGAAUAUCAAGAAGAUCUUAUUGAUUUAAUUUGUUGUGGUUCUUAUGAUCUUUAUUCUAAUUUAGAAAUGGGUGUUGAUUUAUCUAUAUCAACAUUAUCUCUAGUUACUCGUCAAUUAUUAUGUCGUCUAUUUGAUAAACAAGAUUCAAUAGGUCGUGAUUGGUGUCUAUUAGCUAUUGCUUUAUCUAUGCAACAUUUAAUACCAUUAUUAGAUACGGAAGAUUUAUAUAAAUCAAAAACUGAACAAUUACUCGAUGAACUCUGUCGAAAACGGUCAACAGAUGCGAAUAUUAAAUAUUUAUUAGAAAAAUUUCUUGAUAUUGAUAGAAAAGAUGCUUAUGAUCUUGUAGCCUAUACAUGUCCACUAUUUAAAUUACCACAAAUUCAACCUGUCACAGAUCAAAUAACGGAUCCACAUGAUAGCCACGAUAGUGGAAUACAAAAUUCAACAAAUACAAUAGCGAGUAUUAACAGAUAA